AUGCACGAAACCACGGUAUCUCCAAGCACGCCAAUGCCAAAAGGCUACGGCUUCUUGCCCAAAGGCAUACGUUACAAGACCCUUCACUGCCGCAAGCUCACCCACGGAGCAGGCCAGAAACUCUACAUUGUCGUUGACAACAAGAAAAAGCAAACCGGCAUUCGCGUUCCUAAUACCAUCCUUCAGCAAGUCCAUUCUCAAGCCAAACGGACGUACUCUGCUCGUCGCGAUGCCGUCGCCAAGCGCGAUGCCGCUGACAUUACCAAGGCGGACGCAGAGAUGCAAAAGCAAUUUUCUAAAAUGCCGGAGGCAGAGCGAAAGCAAGUGCUCAAACAUGGGUUUCGGAAGUCGUCUGGUAGGGUAGGAAGGACAAGUCGAAUUCCGCUGUUCAAGAAGGUCAUAAUUGCUGUUAUUGCACAUGCGCGGCACAAACAUACUGAUUACGAUGUGCUACUCAAGAGUGGCAUGGAGAGGAAUGAGGCAAGAAAAGCCACGAGAAGGAAAAUUGAGACCGUAUUGAGACUCUGGGGUCUUGGUGCAGCAAAAGCAGCAUUUCAGUUCACUGCGAGCGAUCUCUCCUAG